GCCGACCCGCAGCCCGGUCGCCUUUAAGGGGCUUGGAGGCCGGAUUUGGGUGCCGAGAUGUGGUUCGAGAUUCUCCCUGGGGUCGCCGCCAUGGGCGUGUGCUUGGCCAUUCCUGGACUGGCCACUGCGUACAUGCACAAGUUCAUGAACGGGGGCAAGGAAAAGAGGGUUGCCCAUUAUACAUAUCAGUGGCGUUUGAUGGAAAGAGAUCGGGUCAUCUCUGGAGUCAAUUGUCACUAUGUGUCAAAGGGUUUGGAGAACAUUGAUUAAACAAGCAGUUUCCUGAUUGAUGAAAAAUAACUCAGUUGUCAUCUACCCAUGCUAGAAGGUUUAUAUAUUGUGUUAUGUAGCAUGUAGCAUGUUCUGUAAUCAUACUAAAUAAAACUAAAAUGAAAAAGAAAAA